AAGCAAUUCCACCACUAAUUUAUAACAAAAUAUCUUUUCCUCCUUCCUUCUAGCCUCUAGCUAGCCCACUUCUUCUUUUUCCCCAUUUCAUAACCAAAAAGAAAAAAAGAAACCCUAGAACGGGAGAGAUUUCCCACCCCCUCAAAUCUCUUCCUUCUCUCUCCUUCAUUCUCUCUGUUCCCAUCCAAAUUUUUUUUCCCUCGAUUCUGAAUUCCAGUUCCCUGGCUGUUCUCUCUUUAUUCGGCUCGAGAUCUGGUGGAUUGUAUGGUUAAUUAUUGCGGGUGCAAGGAAUGCCGCUAAUUUUGCCUAAAAGCGAUUCGAUCCAGAUUCGCGAGGUGUGGAACGAUAACCUGGAAGAGGAAUUCGCGUUGAUUCGGGAAAUCGUUGACGAUUACCCGUACAUCGCGAUGGACACGGAGUUUCCGGGAAUUGUUCUACGACCGGUUGGGAAUUUCAAGAACAGCUACGAUUACCAUUACCAAACCCUAAAAGACAACGUUGACAUGUUGAAGCUCAUUCAAUUGGGCCUCACUUUCUCCGACGAGCAAGGGAAUCUUCCCACGUGCGGAACCGACAGGUUUUGCCUAUGGCAAUUCAACUUCCGCGAGUUCAAUGUUAACGAGGAUGUUUUCGCCAAUGAUUCCAUUGAGCUUUUGCGGCAGAGUGGCAUUGAUUUCAAGAAGAACAACGAGGAGGGCAUCGAUGCUCACCGUUUUGGGGAGCUUUUGAUGUCAUCUGGGAUUGUGUUGAAUGAUAAUGUCAUUUGGGUCACUUUCCAUAGUGGCUAUGAUUUUGGGUACUUGUUAAAGCUCUUAACUUGCCAGGAUUUGCCUGAUACCCAAGUUGGGUUCUUCAAUUUGAUCAACAUGUACUUCCCCACUGUGUAUGAUAUCAAACACCUCAUGAAGUUUUGUAACAGCCUUCAUGGUGGCUUGAACAAGCUUGCAGAGUUGUUGGAGGUUGAGAGGGUUGGGAUUUGCCAUCAGGCUGGUUCUGAUAGUUUGCUCACAUCUUGUACAUUCAGGAAGUUGAAAGACAAUUUCUUUAGUGGCUCUUUGGAGAUAUAUGCUGGUGUCUUGUAUGGUUUAGGUGUUGAGAAUGGACAGAGUGCUACUUACUGAGAAGGAAAAAAAAA